AUCAUAGAUUAUCAGUUUAACCUCAACAACAAGUUUUAAAUGGGGGAGUAUAUUAAGCAAUUCAGAAAGCUUGGACUUCAAUGAAUGAUGGAGGUACAAGUUUUGAAAAUAACUUGUACCAAUACGUUUAUGCUACUACUAGAUUGACAUGGUGAAGUUGUCCAUGAAUUUAUCUUCAAUCAUGCAUAUUACAAGACUGCAGUUUUUGUGAGUGUUUAAGUUGUAUUAAAGUGAGUUUGUCUAGACAUUUGGCUUAUCAAAUCUGUUAAUAAAAGAAUAUGGCAGCCACAUCAGUGUCUUUACAGAAAAACGAUCCGGAAAAAAUUGCAGCCUAUUCUUGCUCAAAAUCUUCAUGUAAGAACAAAAACACUGAGGCAGAGGCUUAUUGUAAAAACUGUAACUCAUGUUUUUGUGGAAAAUGUGUCAAUCUACACAAUCAGUUGUUUGAAGACCACCAAACGUAUGGGCCUGAGGAAAUGGAGAAUUGGCCCGUUGCCAUGGCUACACAGGAGUUUCUGGAGAACUGUGAAGUCCAUAAGGGGAAGAAACUUAAACUGUUUUGUGAGGACCACACCCAACUGUGCUGCAAUACUUGCGUUCUGCUGAAUCAUCGUCAGUGUUCAAAGGUUACCUUGAUUGCUGAUACCACUCUGUCUGCAACAGACCGUCAGCAACUGUCAGCCAAGAUUAACACCAUUCUGGAUCAACUUAUGAAGCUGCAAACAAACUGGGAGAGCAACAUGAAGUCACUGCAAGUGUCAUAUGAAGAGAGGCUUAAAGAGAUGAGAAGUAUGAGAGACAGAAUAAAUGCAACCUUAGAUAAGCUGGAGAAGACCACCUGGGAGGAAAUGGAUGAACUGAAAGCCAGCUGGAAUGCGUCUCUCAAGUUUGAUAUUGACUCAUGCUUCAGGCUUCGUACUGAGCUGACACGUCUCAGUGAUGCAAUAAAGGAAAUUGGCAAAAAGAACAAAGAGUUAGCCUUUAUAGCGCAUCAGAAAAGUGAAGAGAUGGUUAAACAAGUAGACAAAUAUCUGAACAACAAUUCAAUACAAACAGAAGUGUCCUUAAAGUUGGUUGUUUACAAUGACAUUGAAAAGUUUUUAUCCAAACAAUCAGGUAUUGGCGAUACUAUACACAUUACAAAGGAAUUGGCCACGCAGGGGAGCCCAGACCAGGCUUUCAUAGUCACAGGGGCAACUCCAGUUAGUGAGAGAAUAUCAAGUGAUAUUAGUAUGUCAUAUACUUUCUAUGGAAUAUGUGGUCUGUUCAAUGGUCAGAUACUUGUUGCAGAUGGUGGUAAUAAAAGAUUGAAGCUGUUGGACCUGCAGCAAAAUGUGGUCAGUGUCUGUGAUAUGUCUGGCUCUCCAUAUAACAUGUGUCUUAUCACCCCCUGUCAUGUAGCAGUCGCUGUGGGCAGUUGUAUACAGUUUGUCUCGGUGAACAGUGGACAGCUGAUGAAGGGCAGGAGGCUACAGCUACCACAUGAAUGUUAUGGAGUAGCUCAUCACCAGGGGGACCUAUAUGUGACCUCCAAUACUGCUCUGUACAAGUACACCCUCACCGGAACACUUGUGAACAAGAUGUAUGAGGAUACAUUUAGUUCUACAACAGUCGCGAGUUGUGCAGUGAGUCCCAGUGGUGACAGGAUCUAUGUUACAAAUUAUGGCCAACACAAGCUCCUCACUCUGGCCGGGGAUGGGACUGUUAUCUCCACCUUCACUGACACAGAACUACAUCGCCCAUGGGGAGUUCAUGUGACACCUGCAGGACAAGUGCUUGUUUGUGGACACUUCUCCCACACUGUCAUACAGGUGGACAGAGAGGGCAAGAAGAAGAUUGCUACACUGGCUACACAGAAGGAUGGAAUUAAAUACCCUCUAUCAGUCUUUUAUAACUGGAAAUCUGGCUCUGUCAUUGUGGGACAAAAUGAUAAUAUCAUGGUGUUUAAUAUAAAAUGAAAUCAACUUCUGAGAAAACGCCAUAAUUAUUAACAUUUUGCAUACAAAUUUACAUGUUCAGCCUAAUAAAAUGACUAGGUUUUUAAAAGGCAAAUAUGUGAAAUGUUGUUUUUUCAUUGUACUUAUAAAAUUGUGGGUGAAAACUGAUACAGUUCAAAACUUCAAUAAAAAAAAAGCUGGGAUGAUUUUGAUUAACUAAACCGGUAAUUGUUAAUAAUAUUGUCAAUUUAAUUCAUUAUUUAAAUAAACAAUCAACAAAUCGUGUGAGUUGUAUUGUAACAUUCUUCUUACAAUUGAUUUUAUGAUGUACCUAUAUUAAUUUUAAUUUAAUAUUUUAUAUUGUUUAGCACUUUGUUCGAUAAAGUGAGCAACAUUUUGUGAUGCUAAAUUGUUAUUAUUUUUUAUAUUGCCCUUAUGAACAUUUUUAUUAUGCCCCCCUUCGAAGAAGAGGGGGUAUAUUGUUUUGCACAUGUCGGUCCGUCGGUAGGUCAGUCCGUCCGUCCACCAGAUGGUUUCCGGAUGAUAACUCAAGAGCGCUUAGGCCUAGGAUCAUGAAACUUCAUAGGUACAUUGAUCAUGACUGGCAGAUAUGACCCCUAUUUAUUUUCAGGUCACUAGGUCAAAGGUCAAGGUCACAGUAACUCAAAAUAGUAAAAUGGUUUCCGGAUGAUAACUCAAGAAUGCUUAGGCCUAGGAUCAUGAAACUUCAUAGGUACAUUGAUCAUGACUGGCAGAUGACCCCUAAUUAUUUUCAGGUCACUAUGUCAAAGGUCAAGGUCACAGUUACUCAAAAUAGUAAAAUGGUUUCCGGAUGAUAACUCAAGAAUGCUAAGGCCUAGGAUCAUGAAACUUCAUAGGUACAUUGAUCAUGACUGACAGAUGACCCUUAUUUUCAGGUCACUAGGUCAAAGGUCAAGGUCACAGUUACUCAAAAUAGUAAAAUGGUUUCUGGAUGAUAACUCAAGAAUGCUUACGCCUAGGAUCAUGAAACUUCAUAGGUACAUUGAUCAUGACUGGCAAAUGACCUCUAUUGAUUUUCAGGUCACUAGGUCGAAGGUCAAGGUCACAGUGAUUCAUUAAUUGUGUUUGUCCAAAACUUUCACCUUGGUUAAAGUUUUGCAAUUAUCUAAAAUGGUUUCUGGAUGAUAACUCAAGGAUGCUUACGCCUAGGAUCAUGAAACUUCAUAGGUACAUUGAUCAUGACUGGCAGAUGACCCCUAUCGAUUUUCAGGUCACUAUGUCAAAGGUCAAGGUCACAGUGACUCGAAACAGUAAAAUGGUUUCUUGAUGAUAACUCAAGAAUAAUAAGGCCUAGGAUCAUGAAACUUCAUAGGUACAUUGAUCAUGACUGGCAGAUGAACCCUAUUGAUUUUCAGGUCACUAGGUCAAAGUUCAAGGUCACAGUGACAUAAAAUGUAUUCACACAAUGGCUGCCACUACAACUGACAGCCCAUAUAGGGGGCAUGCAUUUUUUACAAACUGCCCUUGUUAUGAUAAAUGAUAUAUUUUGUAUUAUUAUUAUCAAUUCAUUAUUAUUGUUCAUCUUAUUAUGGUGCACUAAAUGUUUUUUUAUAUAAGAAGUAGAUCAUAAAACUGAUAUCUUAUUGACAUUUGGGAACAGUCUCUGAAAGAAUUUCCUAUUUCAUGGACCUCGGACAACAGUUAAAAAAUGCACUUUCUAUUUUGUGACAACAGAUGGACUGUCCCAAAAUGUAAAUAAAAUACCUGUUUUGUUAAAAAUACAUUUAUUAUUUCUAUGGUGAUUACCAAAUAAGUAUUUUUUUCUGAUGUAAUGUAAAUUAUAGCUAAUAUUGUUCAUAUAUCCAAACAAGUUGUAUAUCCUUGUGAAGUAAAAUUUAAGUUGUUUUUUAUCUUCAAUUUUGAAGUAUAAAAGGUCCAUGACUUUGUUCAGUCUGAAAUAUGUUUGGUUAACACAUGAAAAGCAGUGGGUUGUCAUAUAAGUAUUUCUGUAUUGAGUUAAAAAAGAUGGAAUGUAUGUGUUUUUUUCUUAAUUAAAGAUGCAAAAUGUA